AUGGUAAUAGAGUGAAUGAAAUGGGCGUGGCCAUGUUGCACUUCCGGUCGAGCAGACAUUUUUGUCGUUCCGAUUGACGGUAAACAGCACCUCUCCCACUCGAGCCGCCCCAACGCGAAGAAAGCUCCUUUUAAUCGUUCCCCGACGAAUAACGUCAAAGCAGCCAAAAUGUUUUACACGUGUGGACCCAAUGAAGCCAUGGUGGUCUCAGGCUUUGGCCGCUCUCCUCCUCUGAUGAUCGCCGGAGGACGAGUGUUUGUCUUCCCAUGUAUUCAGCAAAUCCAGAGGAUCACGCUGAACACGCUGACGCUAAAUGUGAAGAGCGACAAAGUGUACACCCGCCACGGUGUGCCCAUCUCUGUCACGGGCAUCGCUCAGGUGAAGAUCCAGGGCCAAAACAAGGAGAUGCUAGCUACCGCCUGCCAGAUGUUCAUGGGCAAGUCGGAGCCCGAGAUCGCCCAGAUUGCCCUGGAGACGCUGGAGGGCCAUCAGAGGGCCAUCAUCGCUCACCUCACCGUGGAGGAGAUCUACCAGGACCGCAAGAAGUUUUCGGAGCAGGUCUUCAAGGUGGCUUCCUCAGACCUGGUCAACAUGGGGAUUGGAGUGGUCAGCUACACCCUCAAAGAUGUCCACGAUGAUCAGGACUACCUCCACUCAUUGGGCAAGGCCAGGACAGCCCAGGUGCAGAAGGAUGCCCGGAUCGGAGAGGCUCAGUACAAGCGGGACGCCGUCAUCAAGGAGGCCCAGGCCAUGCAGGAGAAGGUGUCUGCUCAAUACAAGAACGAGAUCGACAUGGCCAAAUCCCAGCGGGACUACGAGCUGAAAAAGUCCGCCUAUGACGUGGAGGUCAACACUAAAAAGGCGGAGUCGGAAAUGGCCUAUCAGCUUCAGGUGGCCAAGACCAAGCAGCGCAUUGAGGAGGAGAAGAUGCAAGUGCAGGUGGUGGAGCGCAGCCAGCAGAUCACGCUGCAAGAGCAGGAGAUCACGCGCAAGGAGAAGGAGCUGGAGGCCAAGGUCAAGAAGCCGGCCGAGGCCGAGAAGUAUCGUCUGGAAAGGCUGGCCGAGGCCCAGCGCCUGCAGCUCAUCAUGGAGGCUGAGGCCGAGGCCGAGUCCAUCAGAAUGAAGGGCGAGGCGGAGGCCAUCGCCCUGGAGGCCAAAGGCCGCGCCGAGGCUGAGCAGAUGUCGAAGAAGGCCGAAGCCUUCAAGCAGUACGGAGAAGGAGCCAUGGUGGACAUGCUGCUGGAGAAGCUCCCUCUGAUGGCCGAGGACGGCGCCGCCAAGCUGGCCGGCGAGGUCCUGGAGAUCAUGACCCGCGUGCCCUCGGCUGUGGAGAAGCUCACCGGAGUGGACAUCUCCCAGGUUACGGGCCAGUCCCUCCGUGUGCAUUAAGAUGACAUCACGCCCCCUUCCUGCUUCCUCCCCGGUGCCUUGUUGACCAGUCCUGCGACGCCAUCUCCCUUCGUGCAUGUGGGCCUCAUCCAACCGCGUGUGUCCGUCGUCUCCUCUUCAUAUCUCUGACAGGUGCUUUUUUGGCCACCGGCGAAGAUCCGUUCAGCUGCCGCGGUGGCGCCAGAAAGCCUUUUCGAUGUGUUUAAAAGAGUCAAUCAUAUGUUUGUCUAUUGGAUGAGGCAGCCUCGCUUCAUGUCCGCUCUGUUGGUCUGUGAAAUCAAGUUAGCGUUUUGCACUGCGCCGCGUCGUUAUGCCCAGCUGAGCUCCAAAUGCGUCCCAAAGAGUGGCUGGGACUCACUGAAAAGAACAAGUGGUCACUUUGAGAGAAAAAAAAAAAAAUGAAAUGAAUCGUCCUUGUCAUUUCAAGGCGUAAAAUGUCAUCCUUGCGAGAGUUCAACAAAUCAUGACGCGAUUAAAAGGAAACAAAGUGAAUUUUGCAAAAUAUAACGUAACGUUAAGAGAAUAAUUUUAGCAUGUAAAAGUCUGAAAAGUUGGGGAAUUUUUUUUAACUGAGCAGAACGUGAUGUGGAUCGUUUCAGAAUACACACACACAGAAGAGAAAGCUGUUGUGGUUACAUUACGGCAAUAUCGCCAGUUCGGCCAAGGACAAAAGUCAAAUCAACAUUUCAUCGAAAGAAAUGACAAUCAUAUUGCAGAAGUAAAGUCAUUUCAGAGUCUCGGACAAUAUUGGGUUUGAGUGGGAAUUUUCAGUUGGUUGUGUGGGGACUUGGUCACAUGAUAAAAGUAAUACUGUACAUGUAGAUUUUUCUUCCUCACAUAAACUUAAAUUAAUGCUCAGCAAAGUAGGAUUUUUUUCCCCCUUCUUAAACACGUUACACCUUUUAUUCUUUGAAAAUCUGAACUCUUAGAAAAGUGGAAAAUGACUACCAGUAAUUUAUUCUUCCAGUUCGAAUGCCCCCCCACCCCACCCUCCAUUCAAACUGGACUCAUUUAUUCCUUGAUUGUCUUUUACCUUUUAGUAUGUAUAAAUUAACGUGUAUUCUUGGAAAAUUGGGAGAUUUUAAUGUUUUAAAAAAUUUUGAGGGUCUUGUAAAAAGUCCCCAAGAAUAUGCGUGAAAUUGCUCAUUUAUCCACACAAAGAUUCCCCCCCCCUUUCUUUUCAGUGUGGCCCGGCUUCUCUUUAACAUGGCGACUGCCGCAACUAAAGGAUUUAAUUUGGAGGUUCCAUUUGAAAGAAAGCGGUUGUUGGGAGCGAGACGCUGAGUGUCACCUACUGAAAGCGAAAGAAAGUGUUUUGGAAUGUUCAUACACGUCAGUGAUACUAACUCGGCCGCGCUGCUGCUUUUUUGACUAAUCGUCCACGUUUAGAAGGAUGCUGUAGGACUGACUUUGAAGUUUUUGUAGUACCAUUUGUUUGUUUUUAAGCUUUUGAACACUAUACUAAUCACCCAAAGCUGGACGCGUGUUGUCACCGUUAAGUGCCUGCCUGCUUCAACAUGGUUCAACUCCUCCCGGUCAAACCUCAGCGCUCGUGCGCUCAGCCUGUUACGCGUCAGGGAUGAAAAAA